CCGGACAACACUGAUUUUUUGGAGCUCCGCAAAUCAACGAUUUAUUGAGCCAUGCCCCUUCCCGCAGCCUUGCUGUGUCUCCUAGGCCUAUUACAGCACCUAGGCCUAGUCCAGGGGAACUCGAGCGGCGCCCCUGAAUCCGCCUGUGCCUGGAUGUCCCCCUGGCACGAGCCCUACACGGAGCCCCAGGCAGGUCCUUCGCCUUACUCUUUCAGGCUCUAUGAGAAGGAGCUGAUGGCGGGAGGGCUCGUGGCGGUCUGCCUGGUGGGAAACGAGCCUUUUUCCGGUUUCAUGAUCCAGGCGCAUGACGGAUCGGGCACUGUCAUGGGUACUUGGCCAGGCAGUCAGCUGACCUCCGCCGCUCAGCCGAUGUCAUGCGAGAAUCAGAAUGACACGGUGACCCACGUGAGCAGUGCCAUGAAACAACUGGUGCCUCUUAAGUGGCAGUCUCCCGUAGACUACGCGGGCGAUGUCGUUUUCAAGGCCGCUGUUGUGAAAGACUACACUACCUUCUGGACAGAUGUCACUUCGGGAACUUUUACACUCCGGGUCCCUUAAAAGAGGCGUUCAGCUUCUUUGAUAAAGUUACGGAAAAACAAGAAUAGAUUAGCUUUGUGUAAUUGUUCUUUGAUGUUUUCUUUCUUUGAAAAUACUGAGAAAGAAGUAAGUAAUUGAAUAGUAAAAAAAAGUGCAAUUCUUUAUUUUUUAUUUUUUUAUUAGUCUGUAAGUACGUAGGAAUUUCUCUUCAGCCAUUCAUUUUGUUUUCCAUUUCUUAUAUUGUUCUUUUAUUUUCUUUCAGCACCUUGUACGUAAAUUACCUUUAUAAAUUUCGACCAAAGAACAAAUCUCCAGUUAAAUUGUAUUCAUAGUAAACUACUGUGCAUUAAUACACUACGACAAGCAUUG